GGCGCCCCUUCCUCGGCGGCCGCCCGGCGCCGCCCCCGGCCCCGCCUCUCCGCGCCCCGCCCCCGCCGCUCGGACGGCCCGAGUCGCGCCCUCCCGCCCCGCGCCGCCGAACUUGCUCUAACUUCCUCGGCCGAGCCGGGCCGCGUCGCCGCCGCCGCCUCCACCGUUGCCGCCGCCGCCGCGCCCGGAUCCGCUCUUGGGCUUGGAAGAAAAACGUUCUACUUGGGGACUUGGGGAAGGAGUCUGCGUAGGGGGACCCGGAGUUGACCCUGCCCCUCGGAAGAUGCACUAUUAUAGAUACUCGAAUGCCGAGGUCAGCUGCUGGUACAAAUACCUCCUGUUCAGCUACAACAUCAUCUUCUGGCUGGCUGGCGUUGUCUUCCUCGGCGUCGGGCUGUGGGCAUGGAGCGAAAAGGGGGUGCUGUCCGACCUCACCAAGGUGACCCGGCUGCACGGCAUCGACCCUGUGGUGCUGGUCCUGAUGGUGGGCCUGGUGAUGUUCACCCUGGGCUUCGCCGGCUGCGUGGGGGCCCUGCGGGAAAACAUCUGCCUGCUCAAGUUUUUCUGCAGCGCCAUCGUGCUCAUCUUCUUCCUGGAGCUGGCGGUGGCCGUGCUGGCCUUCCUCUUCCAGGACUGGGUGAGGGACCGCUUCCGGGAGUUCUUCGAGAGCAACAUCCGCUCCUACCGGGACGACAUCGACCUGCAGAACCUGAUCGACUCCCUGCAGAAGGCCAACCAGUGCUGCGGGGCGUACGGCCCUGAAGACUGGGACCUCAAUGUCUACUUCAACUGCAGCGGUGCCAGCUACAGCCGCGAGAAGUGCGGGGUGCCCUUCUCCUGCUGCGUGCCCGACCCCGCGCAAAAGGUCGUGAACACCCAGUGCGGCUACGACGUCAGGGCCCAGGCGAAGAGCAAGUGGGACGAGUUCAUCUUCACGAAAGGCUGCAUCCAGGCGCUGGAGGGCUGGCUCCCGCGCAACAUCUACAUCGUGGCCGGGGUCUUCAUCGCCAUCUCGCUGCUGCAGAUAUUUGGCAUCUUCCUGGCGCGGACGCUCAUCUCCGACAUCGAGGCGGUGAAGGCGGGCCACCACUUCUGAGGCACCACUGGAGCGAGCGGAGCUGAGCCAUGGGUGGUGAUGGCCGGAGCCGUGGCCGCCCCUCCGGACUCUGCGUGCGGGGCCCGCGCCCCUCCUGCAGCACAGCGGGACCUGGGUUCCCUCCUGCCGCCGCCGCCGAGACAGACCCUGCACCCCGCGCGCCCGCCCGGGCCAGAGACUGUGCCUGUGGGGCCGGUGACUCCGAGGGGACGGGUGGGUCCUCGCACGCCCAGCAGGGGCUGGACGCUGUGUCCCGGAGCCCGCGUGCCUGCAGGGGCCCAGGCCGCUUCUGCGCUCGCGCCAGCCGCGCCUGUGAGUGGCUGUGGGCCCAGGGGUGCUGCCCGUAACUGGGCCGGGCGGCACGAGCCACGUCCCCGGGGAGGGAUGAGCCGGUGCGUGGACCGGUGCCACGGGAGCCCUCGCCCGCUGUGCCCAGGGCCUCCCCGCCUCCGGCCCGGCGGCAGGGUGCCCAGGUGCCGCGGGCGGGGCUUUUCGCUGAGAGCCGGCUCUCCUUUUCUUGAAGUGUAUAAAUGGUUUAUUUAUAGGGUAAGAAAUGUUGGCACACCAUCUCUUCCUCUGCCCCCUGGUGUUCUUCUCUCACGGCCUUACUCGUGUCCGGGGCUCCAGCCCUCCCUCUCACUGCCCCUUGCCCUCCUGAGGCCCACCCUCCACCCCCCCCACUCCCCACCCCCCGUGCAUCCCCAGUCCUCAUCCACCCCACGCCCUCUCCCGGCCUCACUGUCUUCCGGUCGUGGUGCUACUGAAACUGUCCCUGGGACGUGAGCCCUGGCCCUCCAUGGCGCGGCCCUGAGAGGGGUCUGCAGCCGUGUAUUUGCUCCGGGGCGUCAGGUCACUCAUGGGGCUGCCCCUCCCCCGCCCAGCCCCCACCUGUGUGCCCCCUCCCCCACCAGGGCUGAUCUUGGAAAUGAAGUUGUCCUGGGAACUGACCCCCCUCCCCCCCCCGGGGGCGCCUGUCCAUCCCGGGCCCUCCACCCGCUUCCCAGGCUCUCACCGCUCCCCGGGCCCCCCCCCCCCCCCGCCCCCGGUCUGUCCUUGUUCAGGGAUCGAGCGCUACCGUCGCCGACUUGCCCACGUGUGCGGUCUCGUGCGGUGUGUGCUGGUGGGUGUCUGUUGACGCUGUCGUUCAUGAUUUUUAAAACUUUUUUUUUCUCUGUAGACUUAGGGGAAGAAGAAUGCUCGUGUUUUUAGGAAGUGUGAUGCUUUUCUUUGACUGCCAAACUCUUUUACGGAAUAUAUCUUUAUACGAAC